AUGUCUGUCUCUGAAAAUCCCCAGGGUCUCCUUUCGUCUUACCGCCAGCUUGCACCAUCUGCCUCCGUCCGAGUCUCCCCAUUAUGCUUGGGUGCAAUGACUUUUGGGCUCACCCAUUCCAAACGGUAUGGUGAAAUGACCAAGGAAACCGCAUUUGACAUCAUGAACUCCUUCUACGAUAAUGGAGGUAACUUCAUCGACACCGCCAACACCUACCACGAGGGCCAGUCCGAGCAGUGGCUGGGAGAGUGGAUGACGGAUCGCAAAAUCCGGGACCAAAUUGUGCUGGCAACAAAGUACACCAGCCCAUACUGCGCAGACCCGAAAGCUAUUCGGGCCAAUUACAAUGGCAACGGCACCAAAUCUAUGCGUCUCUCUCUUGAGCGCUCGCUCCAAAAUCUGCAGACCACGUAUAUCGAUCUGUUCUACGUCCACUUCUGGGACUACACCACGUCUAUCCCAGAGUUGAUGCACGCCCUGAACGACCUGGUUUCCUCUGGGAAGGUGUAUUACUUAGGUAUUUCAGAUGCCCCCGCUUGGGUGGUUACGAAGGCGAAUCAAUAUGCCCGCGACCACGGUCUUCGUCAAUUCGUGGUAUACCAAGGCAUGUGGAAUGCAGCGAUGCGUGACUUCGAGCGAGAUAUCAUUCCCAUGGUGAUGGACGAGGGGAUGGGUCUCUGUCCCUACGGCGUUCUGAACCAAGGUCGCUUCCAAACAGUUGAAGGGUUCGAGGAGCGGAAGAAGCACAACCCAGGACGGAACUUCAUACCUCUCUCCGCCCGGGACCAGCAGGUCUCUAGUAAGCUUGAGGAAGUGUCUGGAAAGACUGGUCACUCGCUGUUCAAUGUUGCCUUGGCAUACGUCAUGCAUAAGGCUCCUUUCGUGUUUCCCAUAGUCGGUGCUCGAACAACGGAUCAUCUCAAGGACAAUGUACCGGCGCUGGCAGUUCGCCUGAGUGAAAGCGACAUUGCUGAAAUUGAUUCGGCUUACGAAUUCGAUCACGGUUUCCCCCAUACUUUUCUCAGUGGUACGCUUUUUGAUGGCUCUAAGCCUAAAGGUGCUUUUGGUCCCCAGGAUGUGUGUCUUACCCGUGCGACCAACACCCGAUUUGAGUGGGUAGAAGGACAAAAGUCUAUUAGUCUUCAGAAAUAG